AUGCUCCUGAAAUGGCUCAUGGAGGAGCUGUGUGAAGAUGGACAAGGAACAACGUGCGAGUUGUGUCCUCCAGGGUGGCAGCUACACAGGGGGAGAUGUUACUACUUCUCUGAGGAAGCUGUAAGCUGGGGUGACAGCCAGAGGAACUGUCUGGCCAGGAAAUCUCAGCUUCUUGUCAUUGAAGAUGAAAUUGAGAUGGAAUUUAUAGACAAUAAAGAGAAAGAUACCAAAUAUAUCUGGAUUGGGUAUGAGAGUCAAGAAAGGAAGAAACAAUGGAGUUCAGCUGAAGAUCCUGGAGUAAAAGAAAACAGGUGA